GGGUGCUGCCGGCAGUUGAGAGAGGGUGAGAGGAGUCGUUCCGAUGGAUUUCCAAGCCGGUAUCCUGCAGGAUGGCAACCCCAUGGAGAGCCUGGAGAAGCAGCUCAUCUGUCCCAUCUGCCUGGAGAUGUUCAGCAAGCCCGUGGUGAUCCUGCCCUGCCAACACAACCUCUGCCGCAAGUGUGCCAACGACGUCUUCCAGGCCGCCAACCCGUACUGGCAGAGCCGGGGCAGUGUGAUUUCGGGGGGUCGGUUCCGGUGCCCGUCGUGUCGCCAUGAGGUGCUGCUGGACCGUCACGGUGUCUAUGGGCUCCAGAGGAACCUGCUGGUGGAGAACAUCAUCGACAUCUACAAGCAGGAGUGCUCCAGCAGGCCACUGAAGAAGGGGGAGCACCCCAUGUGCAAGGAGCACGAGGAUGAGAGGAUCAACAUCUACUGUGUCACCUGCGAGGUCCCCACCUGCUCCAUGUGCAAGGUCUUUGGUGCCCACAAGGACUGCGAGGUCGCCCCCCUGCAAACCGUCUUCCAGGGCCAGAAGACCGAGCUGAACAACUGCAUCUCCAUGCUGGUGGCGGGGAACGACCGGAUCCAGACCAUCAUCUCCCAGCUGGAGGACUCGUGCCGGAGCACCGAGGAGAACAGUGAGGCGGCCAAGAGGGAGCUGUGUGCCCGCUUUGAUGCCCUGGCAGCGGUGCUGGAGGAGAAGAAGUCGGAGCUGCUGCAGCGCAUCACCAACGAGCAGGGGGACAAGACGGGCUUCGUCCAGGGCCUCAUCCGCCGGUACAAGGAGCAGCUGGAGAAGUCAAGUCGGCUGGUGGAGACAGCCAUCCAAGCCAUGGAGGAGACUGGAGGGGCUGCCUUCCUCAUGAACGCCAAGCAGCUCAUUAAAACGAUCGUGGAGGCCUCCAAGGGUGGCAGGCUGGAGAAGAUUGAGCAUGGCUACGAGAACAUGGACGCCUUCUCAGUCAGCCUGGACCACCUCACCGAUGCCAUCCGUGCCUUGGACUUCGACUCUGCUGAGGAAGAUGAGGAGUACUUUGAUGGGGAGGAAGAAGAGGGAGAGGAGGACGUGGCGCCCGAGAGGGCAGUGAUGGCUCCCCAGUAGCCGCAGCGACGUUGCCGGCGCAGGAGAAACGCCGCGGGCGCAGGAUGUCCGGCGACGGGACUCGGGACAGGGCAAGAGGAGGGGGGGCCACAAGCCCCCGGGGGGGCCGGUGGCCUCGGGAGCCAGAGCCUGCUCCAUCCAGCACAGGACACUUUUCUAUACGGGUGCAAACAGGACAAUUCCGCACGUUUUGUAUCUUCCUUCUUUUGUAUAUCGUUGUCACUGAUUCGAAUUUUGUGUAUUUUGUAAAGAAAACUGGUGUUUUGAGUG